AUGUCAGAGCCUGCGCCUGCGCCUGCACCCAAACGGACCAAGCUCGACUCUGAGGCUAGUCGUAGGUACUCGGAGCACCAGUAUCUUCACGAGCUUGUAGAAUGGGUCCUUCAAGCUGGUGGGCAUAUUUCUGAGGCGUUGGAACUCUACAAAGAUGAACAGAAUGGAUUCAGCGCGAGGAUAAGACCGGGCAAGAAUGGGAACCUGGCAAGUGUAGGAGGGCCUUUGACUCUUGUCUCAUGCCCUACAUCUCUUAUAUUUUCGCUUGCAAAUCCAAACCCAUCCCUCCCGGCCUUAUUUCUGGAAUCCCCUUCUCUCUCCAUUCACGCCAAAGCUUGCUUUCAUCUCUCCCAGCAUCUUUUAUUGAAGGAACAGAGCCAGUUCUGGCCGUAUAUAAGACUCCUUCCAAAGACUUUCGACACCCCGUUAUAUUUCAAUGAUGAUGAAAUGGAGAGGUUGGCAGGGACGAACCUCGGGGCCGGUGAUGUUCUUUUAAGAAAGCAGCUCUGGAUGGAAGAGUGGGAAGCCGGAAAGCAAUUUCUCGAAGGCGUGGGGGCAGAAAGAGCUCGGGAAUAUACAUGGGACCUCUUCCUAAGGGCUGCUACAAUCUACACCUCCCGUUCCUUUCCCUCCAAGCUUGUUGGUAUCACGAUGGAUAGUUCUAUAGAGGAAAAUACGAUGCUUUCAGAUGAUAACGGUUUCCCAGUCCUGAUCCCUCUCGUGGAUAUCCUAAAUCACAAACCAAACACCAAAAUUAUCUGGGAACCCACACAAACAUCAUUUUCACUAAUAACCCCUGAAACCAUAUCUGAAGGGUCACAAGUUUUCAAUAACUACGGACCAAAGGGAAAUGAAGAACUACUCAUGGGAUAUGGAUUCGUGAUACCCGAAAAUCCCGGAGAUUCCUUAGCUAUGAAAUUUACAAUUUCACCCAGAGGACAGGCUGCACAAAUAUGGGAACAACGGGCGCUCAAACAAACAUGGCGAGAGGUUUUCCAUUUGACAAAAUCGGCUGACUCCGGCCAGAAAACUUCAACCGUGCCUGCUCUGGAGUCUGAUUGGCCGGAAGCUUUCGUGGACCUCUUUAGAAUCCUUGUCGCCAAUGAAAAUGAAAUCGAUGACCUGGAAAACGGGGAUAUCAAUGCAACACCAAUAUCUAUCAGAAACGAGCUAGCCGUAGCGCUUGGGUUGAAAGCGGCGAUAAAACAGAAGCUAGCAGCAAUACGCAAAUACGAUAUCUCUUUGUCGUCUCCUGCGGCUGGUUACCGGGAAACGGUAGCAGAUAUUUACCGCAAAGGCCAAGAAGAUAUCAUAGUUUCGAAGAUCCAAAAGCUGGAUAGCUUCUUGGAAUGCUAUGCAAAAGAAGGAAUCUUGAGCGUAGGCCAAUACCUAAACGAGAAUCCCAACUUUGCCCAACAGCUAGGGGAGAACCCCAUCCCCGUGGAAGAACUUGAAGGUGCCGAUGGCCCUUUGUACGAAGAGAUAAUCGCUAAGGAGGAGCUAGUCUUCAUUAUCGCCAUACUUCAAGAGUUUCUCGAUUGCGAAAGGGUCAAAACCCCCUCAUCUAGGUCUGAGGCUUUUUGGCGUGCAUUUGUUCAUAAGCUUCACAGUAUCCCGGGGAUGCCCUUUGAAGAUUUCGCGCGAUUGAAUGAGGUUGUAGAUGACGAAAGUGAGGGUGUGUAUGCGGCAAUCGCAGACUAUUGUAACAGCAUAGAAAGAGAGGAUAUGCAAAGAUUUAUUGGUCAAGAGGUCAAUUCUUUGCAUAUCACAUGGGCAUGGGGUAUCGUUCGAGCAAAAUGUAUUACAGUGGGGGAUGAUACAUUGCUUACCUUAUAA